UUGUUCCAAUCUGACGUGUUGUGUCUGAUGCGGUUGCGUUCAUCGAAACUAUAAACAUUCGCUACGGCAGUAUUUAUUUGAAUGGAAUAGAUACCCAUCGGAGCUCUUACAUAGUGAGUCAUUAUCCAGCGAAGAACCAGUAUUUUAAACUGCGGCUGUUGCCUGAACGGAUAAAUCAGAGCUCUGUGUGUGAUUGCAGAAGUUUUCCCACAGGAAAAGAUGUGUGGUCAACAACAAUAACACUAAUCAUAGGGAAUAUUGAUUCUAGUGAUAAGUGCACCAAAGUUAGCAGCCGUCCCUUCAAUUGUAAAUAAUCUGGCAAUUUUUCGGGCUAAUCUCUGCGACACUGUCCAUCACAAAGAAGCUGUAAACCCGCGGAUCUUGCUGUAUAAUCUACUAUUUGUUCAACCUAUUAUCAGCUCAAGUCGCAAGUAGGCUGUGAAUACAUUGCUCUUUCGUCCGUGCGUCGUCGUACCUACCUACCCAGUGAAGCGUUGUCGUCGGUGCUGUUGUUAGCUUUGUAAAAGUCUACCAUCGACCCCGGUAGCGAGAAUGGUCGAGGUGCCGAAGCUAGAUCUAACUGUCGAUGAGCAUGACGUGAUCCGUGGCGCUACCGAAGUGCUAAAGGUUAUCAGACCUCACUGGCUUAGCGACAGUGUCCGGUUCAAGCUAUUCACCGACGGAAUCACCAACAAACUGGUCGGAUGUUUCAAUCAAAACAACAACCGAAGCGACCACGACCACGACAGUGGCGACGCCAGCCCGGGUGACGUCGUUCUGGUACGGGUGUACGGAAACAAAACCGACCUGCUGAUCGAUCGUAGGAAGGAAACGGAAAACAUUCAACUCCUUCACCGGUACGGAUACGCUCCCUCACUGUAUGCCACCUUCCGGAAUGGUCUGGCGUACGAGUAUGUGCCGGGGGUGACGCUGACGCCGGAUAGCUGCCGAGAGGAACGCGUCUGGCGGCUGGUAGCCAAACGAAUGGCUCAAAUGCAUAAGGUCGAUGAUGGGAUGGCUGGUAGCGGGAGGGAACCGAUGCUACCGGCCAAGUUCGACCAGUUUCUGAAGUUGAUUCCGCAAACAUUCAGCGAUCCGGUGAAGCAUGCGAGGAUAUCUCAAAUAUUCCCGAACACCACUGAGCUGAGACGUGAUUUCGACGAACUGUACGGUACACUGGUGAAACUGAAUAGCCCGACUGUGUUUUGCCACAAUGAUUUGCUGCUGGGAAAUGUGAUCUACUGUGAAGAGCGCAACCGAGUCACGUUCAUCGAUUACGAGUAUGCCGCCUACAAUCAUCAAGCGUUCGAUAUUGGCAAUCAUUUUACAGAGUUUGCAGGAAUCGAUGAGAUCGAUUAUGAUCGCUAUCCCAGCAAAGCGUUCCAGCGGCAGUGGUUGAGAGUUUAUCUGGAUGAAUUCAACGGACAAACCAGCACGGAUAGCGAUGUCGAGCGGUUGUACGUACAGGUGAACCAGUUUGCACUGGCUUCGCACUUUCUGUGGUCUAUUUGGGCGCUCAUUCAGGCGGAACAUUCGACGAUCGCGUUCGAUUUUAUACAAUUCGGCGAAACCCGUUACCGAGAGUACCUUCGGCGACGCGAGGAGUUCCUCUCGUUAACCUAUCAAAACUAAGACGACCGGAAAAUCUCACCAGCAUCCUAAAGCACGGGCACGCGAACGAACCUUGCGCCGGAGAAUCCACAAAACUGGACCAGUACUGUCCAUCUGCUUUUACGAAAGUCACGCGGACCAACAUGGAACAUAUUAGCCCUCCCCUAACUGCGAUAGUCAUUCCACUGAUCCUAGUGCAACACGACAGACCCAAAGCUCAAUUUUAUCACAGUCAAAACAAAACUAGAAAACAAAUGCUAUUUAAGUUUAGAGAUCUAAAAGAACAAAAUUAUGCAGGCCAAAGCAAUAUAGUGGUUAGAUUUGCUGUUGUUUAUUUGUUAGAACUAUUUUUAAACUGCACCUAGUUGAUUUCGAAUAUAUGUAUGCCGAUUUUCAAUGGAUAGCACUGGUGCAUUUCAAAG